AUGUCCCUUUUAGGUAUUGGACUUGGUGUGCUGGUACGGGAAUAUGGAAAACUCUCUAACUUGGAUAAAUUCUACUUUUCCUUUCCUGGGGAAGUGCUGAUGAGAAUGCUCAAACUCAUCAUUCUGCCGUUAAUAAUAUCAAGUAUGAUCACAGGUGUUGCUGCUUUGGAUUCUGGUGUUUCUGGCAAGAUUGGCUUGCGAGCAGUCGUGUAUUAUUUCUGCACUACGGUCAUUGCUGUCAUACUAGGGAUUGUCUUAGUCGUGACCAUUAAACCUGGAAUGCCCCAAACAGUAAAUGAGAUUGACAGAGUGGGCAGUACCCCAGAAGUCAGUACUGUUGAUGCCAUGCUGGAUCUGAUCAGGAAUAUGUUCCCAGAAAACCUUGUUCAGGCCUGUUUUCAACAGUAUAAAACCAAGCGUGAAAAAGUUGAAGUUCAAACUCCUGUGGAUAAAAAUAGCUCCAUAUUUCCAGAAGAACCUGCUACAACUGCUACAGCAGCAGAGGCUUCAGAGAACAAAACCCAAGAAUACAAAAUUGUGGGCAUGUAUUCCAACGGCAUUAAUGUGCUGGGGUUGAUCGUCUUUUGUCUUGUUUUUGGAAUCGUUAUUGGGAAAAUGGGAGAGAAAGGACAAGUGCUGGUGGAUUUCUUCAAUGCACUGAAUGAAGCUACAAUGAGAAUAGUUCAGAUAGUUAUGUGGUAUAUGCCGUUUGGUAUCGUAUUUUUAAUUGCUGGGAAGAUAAUAGAAGUUGAGGACUGGGAAAUCUUUCGUAAAUUGGGUCUUUAUAUGGCUACAGUACUAAGUGGACUUGGAACACAAGUCAAAUUUUUAAAGACUGCAAAAGUUGAUGUUUACCAAGAGACU